AUGCUGGCACAUAAGUCUGCACGAAUUCGCCAACUGUCCGGUGGUCUGUACGUUGAGGAGCCGGCUGCUCAACGGAUCAGCCUCCAGCCACGUUUUCGAGUCGAAACCAUCAGUCAACAUGAUAAAUCAUUCGCUGAAUCUGUUUUGAAAAGGGAGGCAUCCGCUGUCCGGGGAUCUCAACAUCUACUUCGCAGGGCCAAUGGCUCGGCCGAAGUUGCUCAAAUCUACAUUGACAGACUGUUCCUCGAUGCCGUACAGUCAAAUAAACAGCUACAGGUUCCAGAUGUUCUGCUUGGCACCGCUGAGAAGAACGCGAACAUCAACCUUGUCCGCCUGCUUGCGCCUUUCACUGCCAUCGAGGCUGUCAGUGCCGUCCUUGAAUAUGCUGUACUCAGCCAAAACCUACAGCUUGUUACUGCCCUGUUGGAGUACGGUGCGGACCCAAACUGUAUAAGUCACAGUUCUAUACUUCGACUAGCUGAGACCAACUGCCAACUUCUUCAUGUCAUUCUUCGCGCUCCAAAGCAGCUCCGACACGAGACGUUCGGAGAUCUAUGUACCACUAUUGUUCAAAAGGAACUCUCAAACGCUCUCAGGAUCGUUCUUCGCAGCAUCAAAGACUAUCCCACAUUCCACGACUCGGGUCCUCGAGACCGGGACAGCCUUCUGGAUGCAGCGAUCUGCUGCUCUGAUAAGAGCAUCUUUUUGAGCAUUGCCGCGUCUACCUCUGCAUGGCCUUUGAGGGAUCCUGGUUUGUUUUUGCAUGUGUUAGACUCUCCAGCGAUAGAUCCCCUGCAGGCUAAGGAUAUGGUAGAGGCCCUGCUCUGCCUGAGUGAUAUGUCGUCCGGGUCUCAAUCAAGUCCAGAGAUCGAAUCAUUUUACUGCCGUUGUGUACAAGAACGGCAUGAAGAUAUACUUCGGCUGAUGGUAGCCUACGGUGUCCCUGUCUCGGCGGAGCCUCUAAUGCUCGCAUGUCAGAACCAUGACGAAAAUAUCCUCGACAUACUCUUGGCUGGUCCUAUACAAAAGGAGGAGCAGGUGGCAGCCCGUACCUCGGAACUACAAGGCGCAAUACAAAGAGCGAUGUGUCGAAAGAUCCUCAAGCGUCUGCUUUCUGGAGGUGCUAGAGGAAUCUGGAAAAAUGAGGAACUCAUCGCAGCGGUCUCGCGUGGGGAAUUUCAAUGGAUCGAGACACUGAUCAGCGCAAAUGCUUCAGUGGACUACCACAACGGCGCGGCCCUUCUCGAAGCUGUUUCACUGGGACAUGUUCGAGUUGUACAAACGCUUCUAUCUCGUCCUGUCUCUCUCUCGAGCUUACAAGCUGCCUUUCCAAGUAUCGCCCAGCUUGAAGCCUUGCCGCGACGACUCCUGACGAAGCUUUUCAUCAACCAGGGAGUCUCUGGCGGUUGUGUCGACUAUGCUCUCAAUACAGAACUUUGCAAUUAUUCAUAUCACAGAGAUUCUGAGAUAGUCGAUAUAUUGAUUGGAUCAGGAGCUUGCUGCAAUGCUGUUGCCCUCACAGUCGCCUUCGAACACAAAGACGCGGCCACGUUCGACAAAAUAGCCCUCUCCAGAACAAAACUCCACGAGUCUGUUACGGAAUGGUUCAAAAGUUGGCACCGCAUGCUGCUCUUUCAUGUUCAGCAGGGAGACGAAUACUCGAAAGCGGCCUGCUCAUGCCUCAAGAUGCUCUUCAGGAAACUACAGACCGUUGAAUCACUUUGUGAUGCUCAUGAAGGUGACCGGCAACUCGAAUGCUUCCAUCAAUUCCUGGAACAUGGUGCUGCGGAUCUUGAUCUACUCUCAGCAUGGCUAAAUUGGACACAACACAUGAACAGUAUCACACUGACUGAGAUUGUGCUGACGGCAGCUUGCUUCUGCGAUACCAAUAGACUGCACCUGAUCAUGAGAUCCAAACCACUGAUUAAUGAGUCGCCCUUACAUUCGAGUACCUGUAUGCAGAACCUCAACCUGGAUCCUCAAGCAAAAAAGGCGAAUAUAUUCCCAUCCGUCCAAAUCCCUCCACUUCGUCAGGACGUUAUUGAGUUCUCAGACACAAGAAGUGCCGACAACCUCAAGAUCCUUUUUCGCCAGUAUUUCCACGGUGGUUGUGAGAGUCACCUUGCAACGAGACUCCUCCAGAGACACCUGGAACACUGUACACAAGCAAUCGCCGAAGGUGAUGUCUGGCCGCUUCUUACCCUAGAAUUUCUUCUGUCUCAACCUGUUGAAACCACCCUGCCAGAAUUCAGCUCCUGUUUGUACAUGGCCAUUGUGUCUCAACAAUGGCUCGUUCUUGGACUACUUCUUGAUCGGCAACUACCACAGGAGAUGGUUGCCCGCUUCUUUCUGGUCGACACAUCCCUGCUCGCACCUAGCGCGAUCCAAGUUCUUCUUGAUUCCAAAGCAAUGACAUACAUGGACGACGACUUUUACUAUGGGCCGGUGCAGCAAACUUUCAAUCAUGCCUGCUUUGCGCAAGACCGAGAAAUGGCCAUCCUCUUGUGCUCCAAAUCUCGCUGCAAAAUGCGCCUCAGGGAUGUACUACUGCCUGUACUGCAAGCAAUUGAUGCGUCGGACCUCAGCUAUGUUUCUACUUUGAUCGGAGCAACAUCCUUUUCCAAAGAUGAUCUUGAGGUACUUUGGAAGCGUGUCAGUCAUCAUGACCAAAAAGAUGACUACCUCGCCUUUGUGGACGUAUUGCUCAAAGCCGGUGCUGACGGGGUUUCAGUUGGUGACGCCCUCAUAGCAGCCGUGGAAAGAAAUAACGAGCCUCUCGUCGUGCUCAUCCUGGCGCAAUGGCAGGCAAAUCGGUCGCUACAGUAUCGCGAAGAGUUUGACUACAACGAACGCCGGCCAGCUCCCUCGACGCCAGACCUUGGGCAUAACAUCCAAUACUUCUCAGCACUCGCCCACGCUCUUACGAUCGCGGUUGCAGUGGCCAAGGGAAGCUACACCGCUCUUGUAGAGAUGAUCAUAUCCUCGGAGACACGUCCUGACUUCAAUGGAGUUGUCAAUUUUGCACUGGUUCAAGUCGUGGUGCAUAACCGUGGAACCUGGGUGCAAAGUCUGGUACAACUUGGUGGAUCAAUCGAAGCAUACGACUGCGAGUGCCUGAAAUUUGCGGCGCGAUCUGAUCAUCCUGUCUGCCAGAUACUUCAAGGUCGUCUUGCGGCGUACCAAGGCGACCUGGACACUAUUUGCGCCAUGUUCAAACAACUCCACGAAACAGGAUUCCAAGAGAAGGCGUGGUACGAUGAGGCACUUUUCUCAUUGUUGGCACUCCAAUCAGCCAAUCUGGAUCAUGUCAAAGUUUUGCUCGAUUGCGGAGCGUCUGUUGAGUAUAGAGACGGUGCAGGCAUGAUACGACUUUGGAGAGAAGGCAAUGUGCAGCUCUUCCCGGACCUCGUUGGCCACUGCAGUCGGCAAUCUGUCAGAACAAAGCUGUUCACAGAGGCAUGGGGCGAAUAUCUACAACAAGAACAGAAUCAUCCUGAGGAAGCUGCGAAUAUGCUGCUCGUCCUAGGAGCUCUUCUUGAGACAGAUAUACCCCAGGGCGCACGCGAUAUGGCGCUGGAUGCGAUCGCUCGGGUCUGUCAUGACAAAGUCAACUCUAUUGGGAUCAUUCAACUAUUACUGGAGAAAGGGGCUCGCUUUAUUGAUGGAGCCGGGUUGUCACUCUAUCAGGUCUGCCGCUUCGAUCACCCACCGGUAACCUCCCUGGUUUACCACAGUCGUCCACACAUCCGAACUCGUUUACUGGCUCUCCACCACCUCUUCCGAAAUCAAGGACUAGGCUCUUCUAUUGUCACAAGAAGAACCGGCCAAGAGCCAAAUCCAUCAGACCAAGCUUGUAUCUACAAUAUCAACUUCCCUGCGUCAACCGCGCAAAACUUGGACCUAGAAACCUCCGAUGUUGUCAACUUGAUGGGUUCCAUAUUGAAUCCCAAGGUUAGGACCACGGGGACUAGCUUGAUGUUUACUUUUUUCUUCAUGCUGGGGGGUCUUCACGUGUUCUCGACUCAAAGUUGUUCAGAUCACAAUCGCGAUGAUGUGGAGCAGCUGUUCGUUGCUGCUAUAUCGAAUUCAGAGGUCAAAGAAAUGGAUGAUCGGAUCGAAUUCCUACUCAGGGUAAUGCAAAUUGAAGCCCCUGCUCUAGCAGACGCGACUGCAGGUGCCUCCAACCUCACUUUGAAACAGAGCUCACUAGAUAAGCUACUCUUAUUGUCGCUACAAAACAAGAAAUUCAGCCUCGCCAGUACGCUCUUGGAUGCUGGUGCCGACCCGAACACAAGAGAUGAAGACGAACGAUCGGCACUGUUCCUGGCCACAUUGGAGAAAUCUCUCGAUACAAUGAGGGAUUUGAUCGGGAAUGGCGCCGAAGAGGACGAUGGAAGUCUACACGUCUCGACUUGUUGGCAGCACCAUGAAGCAAUGCAGCUGCUUCUCGAGGCAGGCCACGAACCAGGCUACUGCUCUGAACACUACUUUGGAGCUACGCCGCUCGAAGCUUUCUUGCGAUUCAGCCACUCCGGAGCAGCACAUGAGCAUUUCGAAACGACGCUCGCGGUGCUGCUGUGCGAAGCCGAGGUGCCGACCAGCUUCUGGGCAACUGAACCUAAUCUAAUGUCUCUGGCUCUAAUGGGACCUUGGCCAUAUAAAAUGUUCAGCGCACUGCUGUGCUAUCUGCCUCCGGGGCUGGUUGAGCUGCCGCUCAUACGUCAAGACCGCUUCAUGUUUUCUCUUCUCAGCUUUGUCGAAAGAGGAGAGGAUAUCGAGUUAUCUGAUCUCGAGCGGGUCGAAUUGUCCAUAGUUUUGGAAACAUCAGGAUUCGAGCGGACAUUUUAUGCUGCUGAGGGAGAUCAACCCGAAGACGCCUUUAACGUACCAGAACACCUCGAGAUUCCGGAAGUGAGAGCACGCCGUCGUGCCUGGAGAGGAAAGGACUGUGCUGUUUGUGGCGACAAGGCUCCUGACGCAAAUAGGAUCCACGCAGCCUUGUCUCCGCCAUGUGAAGAGAAACAUGGGUGGGAGAACGACAUCAUCUGCACCGACUGCUUACGAGGAUAUCUCGAAUCGCAAAUGUUUCCACAGGGGGGCGACAAGUUUCCCUCUGCGAAGGUAAAAUGCUGGGCUACCAACUGCUCCAAAACCCUCGACCACUCGGUUAUCCAAUCCCUUGCCCAGUCUGAACGGUUCACCAUCUACGAUGCCGCUCUGGCUCAAAUGCUGCUGAACGACGGGGAAAAUAUGGCCAAAUGUGCGAAACCGAAGUGUAUCGGAGCUACUUGGCUCGGGGACGAAGACAAGAACACAACCAUCUUCGCCUGCGACGUAUGCGACGAGCCCUGUCCUCAGGGUGAUGAGGCCCGAGGCAUCGAGAGACGGAGGGAAGAGGAGGCGGCCACGGCAGCCCUGCUGGCCCAGGGAAAGAAAUGCCCCAAGUGCAGACUGCCGUUUGAGAGGAUCGAAGGGUGUGACCACAUUGUUUGUGGCAGAGACGCGCACUCGAGCGCGAGAGGCCUUGGCUGUGCAUUUGAAUUCUGUUAUGUCUGCGGCGCAGACUAUAACGCCAUUCGCACACAAGGGAACACGGCGCAUGCUAGGAGUUGUACCCAUUAUGCAUGA